AUGACUGUAGCAAGUCCAUGUGGGAAAAGCCACCUGUAUGCUCCUGCUACACUAAAAAGUCCUCAUUAUCCCAGUUAUUACCCUAACUCUAUAGACUGCAAAUGGAUUAUUUCUGGCACCAAUGGAUCAAGGAUUCUGUUAACGUUUUCAUCUUUUUCGCUGGAAAGUGAUUCCCGUUGUAGUUAUGAUUAUUUGGAGGUUUAUGAUGGUGACUCCUCGUAUGCAUCAAAACUCGGGCGAUAUUGUGGAAGCCAGUUACCACGAAGUCUGACAUCAUCUGGAUCCCACCUCUUUAUUGCGUUCCACUCGGAUGGUAGUAUACGAAAAGAAGGAUUCGUUUUGAAUUUCUCAAAUAAAUUUCGUCGAAAUGCAACACAAUGCAACAGGCGAAUUGACCUUGGAUUUCUAUUGGACAGUUCUGGUAGUAUCGGGCAAACUAAUUUUGGUAAAACAAAAUCUUUUGUGAAAGAUCUUAUUACCUAUUUUAAGAUCUCGGAAAAUAACACAAGAGUAUCCGUGAUAUCAUAUGCAACAACGUCAAGAUUGCAUUUCUUCUUUUCUCAAAAAUUUGUAUCCCCACAAGAUCUUUAUACAGCAAUAGAUAACAUUUCGUACCUUGGAGGAGGAACUAACACCCACCAAGCGUUGAUGCAAGCCUAUAAAGAUAUGUUUAAUGGCAAGAAUGACGCCCAGUCUCCAGAAACAAAGAAAAUUUUGAUUGUUUUUACUGAUGGCCAAAGUCAAGGAAGUGUCGAACAACCUUCAAAAGAACUAAAAAACAUUGGUGUCGUAAUAUAUUCAAUUGGAAUUGGAACUGGAGUCGAUGUCUCGGAGCUGGAAACAAUGGCUUCUCCUGCUGCAAAAGAUCACGUGUUCUUUUUGCCCAACUUUCAGGAAUUAUCUACUUUGGAACAAAAUAUCUCGUCUUCGGCUUGCAAUGAGGAAAAUGAAUGUUACAAAUGCCAUAAGCAAGCGUCGUGUAUUAAUACCAAUGGCACACUCCACUGCUCUUGCAACAACGGUUUCACUGGAAAUGGAUCUUCAUGCACAGACGUGGAUGAAUGUCAAAAUGGAACUAACAUUUGCGAUAGUAACGCGUCGUGCAACAAUACCAUUGGCUCUUUUAACUGUGUUUGCAACAUGGGUUAUUUUGGAGAUGGAUUAACGUGUGAAGAAGUAUGCACAGAAAGGAUUGACCUCGGGUUCAUUUUGGACAGUUCUGGCAGUAUUGGGCGAUAUAAUUUUGAUACAACUAAAUCUUUUGUGAAAGAUAUUACGAACAAUUUCCAAAUAUCUCAAAAGAACACUAGAGUGUCAGUGAUAUCAUAUGCGACGUGGAACACACUACAUUUUCCAUUUUCUCGAGUGUUCAGAACCCGACAAGAUCUUUAUUCAGCAAUAGAUUACAUUCCAUACAAUGGAGGGGGAACGAACACCCAUCAGGCACUGACGAGGGCGUAUACAGAUAUGUUUAAUGCCAAAAAUGGUUCCCGUUUUUCAGGUAUAAAGAAAGUGUUAAUUGUUUUUACGGACGGCAAAAGCAGUGGACAUGUAUACCAACCAUCAAAACAACUAAAAGAUGUCGGCGUUGUAAUAUAUUCUAUUGGUAUUGGGUCAGGAAUCGAUCUGUCAGAGUUGAAAACAAUGGCUUCCCUUCCUGCAAGUGAUCAUGUGUUCCUUUUGAGCCAUUUUCAUAAACUAUCAACUUUGGAAAGGAAUAUCUCAUAUUCCGCUUGCAAUGAUGUACAUGACUGUUACGACUGCGAUAUUCAUUCGUCUUGUAUCAAAACGAACGGCUCGUUUCACUGCUUUUGCAAUAUCGGGUAUACUGGGGAUGGAAAGAAAUGUGAAGAUGUGAAUGAAUGUGAAAUUGGAAUAAACAACUGCAAUAGUAACGCGUCUUGCAACAAUACAAAUGGCUCGUUUAACUGUGUUUGCAAUAUUGGCUUUAUUGGCGAUGGAAUAACAUGUGAAGAAGUAACAAUAUGUACAGAAAGGAUCGACCUUGGAUUUAUAUUGGACAGUUCUGGCAGUAUUAGCCGUUACAGUUAUGAUAAAACGAAAUCUUUUGUGAAAGAUCUCACAAACUUUUUCACGAUUUCUCAAAACAGCACAAGAGUGUCAGUGAUGUCAUAUGCGACAUGGACCACACUACAUUUUCCCUUUUCUCGAGUAUUUGGAAGCCGACAAGAUCUUUAUUCAGCAAUAGAUAACAUUCCAUACAGUGGAGGGGGAACGAACACCCAUCUUGCGUUGUUAAGAGCAUAUACAGAUAUGUUUAUUGCCAAAAACGGUUCCCGACUCACAGGUGUAAAGAAAGUUUUGAUUAUUUUCACGGAUGGUCGGAGCAGUGGACAUGUAUACCAACCUUCCCAGCAACUCAAAAAUAUCGGUGUUGUAAUAUAUUCUAUCGGAAUUGGGUCUGGAAUCCAUUUGUCAGAGUUGAGAACGAUGGCUUCUCCUCCUGCGAAUAACCACGUGUUCCUUUUGUCCAAUUUUCACGAACUAUCAACUUUGGAAAAGAAUAUCUCACAUUCGGCUUGUAAUGAUGAUUAUGAAUGUUACCACUGCGAUAUUCAUGCAUCGUGUCUUGAAACUAAUGGCUCGUUUCACUGCUUUUGCAACGUUGGUUUUGGUGGAGAUGGAUAUUCAUGCACGGACGUGGAUGAAUGUCAAAAUGGAACUAACAUUUGCGAUAGUAACGCGUCGUGCAACAAUACCAUUGGCUCUUUUAACUGUGUUUGCAACAUGGGUUAUUUUGGAGAUGGAUUAACGUGUGAAAAGGUAUGCACAGAAAGGAUUGAUCUCGGGUUCAUUUUGGACAGUUCUGGCAGUAUUGGGCGAUAUAAUUUUGAUAUAACCAAAUCUUUUGUGAAAGAUAUUACGAACAAUUUCCAAAUAUCUCAAAAGAACACUAGAGUGUCAGUGAUAUCAUAUGCGACGUGGAACACAUUACAUUUUCGAUUUUCUCGAGUGUUCAGAACCCGACAAGAUCUUUAUUCAGCAAUAGAUUACAUUCCAUACAAUGGAGGGGGAACGAACACCCAUCAGGCACUGACGAGGGCGUAUACAGAUAUGUUUAAUGCCAAAAAUGGUUCCCGUUUUUCAGGUAUAAAGAAAGUGUUAAUUGUUUUUACGGACGGCAAAAGCAGUGGACAUGUAUACCAACCAUCAAAACAACUAAAAGAUGUCGGCGUUGUAAUAUAUUCUAUUGGCAUAGGUUCAGGAAUCGAUCUGUCAGAGUUGAAAACAAUGGCUUCCCUUCCUGCAAGUGAUCACGUAUUCCUUUUGAGCCAUUUUCAUAAACUAUCAACUUUGGAGAGGAAUAUCUCAUAUUCCGCAUGCAAUGAUGUACAUGAAUGUUACGACUGCGAUAUUCAUUCGUCUUGUAUCAAAACGAACGGCUCGUUUCACUGCUUUUGCAAUAACGGGUAUACUGGGGAUGGAAAAAAAUGUGAAGACGUGGAUGAAUGUCAAAAUGGAACUAACAUUUGCGAUAGUAACGCGUCGUGCAACAAUACCAUUGGCUCUUUUAACUGUGUUUGCAACAUGGGUUAUUUUGGAGAUGGAUUAACGUGUGAAAAGGUAUGCACAGAAAGGAUUGAUCUCGGGUUCAUUUUGGACAGUUCUGGCAGUAUUGGGCGAUAUAAUUUUGAUAUAACCAAAUCUUUUGUGAAAGAUAUUACGAACAAUUUCCAAAUAUCUCAAAAGAACACUAGAGUGUCAGUGAUAUCAUAUGCGACGUGGAACACAUUACAUUUUCGAUUUUCUCGAGUGUUCAGAACCCGACAAGAUCUUUAUUCAGCAAUAGAUUACAUUCCAUACAAUGGAGGGGGAACGAACACCCAUCAGGCACUGACGAGGGCGUAUACAGAUAUGUUUAAUGCCAAAAAUGGUUCCCGUUUUUCAGGUAUAAAGAAAGUGUUAAUUGUUUUUACGGACGGCAAAAGCAGUGGACAUGUAUACCAACCAUCAAAACAACUAAAAGAUGUCGGCGUUGUAAUAUAUUCUAUUGGCAUAGGUUCAGGAAUCGAUCUGUCAGAGUUGAAAACAAUGGCUUCUCUUCCUGCAAGUGAUCACGUAUUCCUUUUGAGCCAUUUUCAUAAACUAUCAACUUUGGAGAGGAAUAUCUCAUAUUCUGCAUGCAAUGAUGUACAUGAAUGUUACGACUGCGAUAUUCAUUCGUCUUGUAUCAAAACGAACGGCUCGUUUCACUGCUUUUGCAAUAACGGGUAUACUGGGGAUGGAAAGAAAUGUGAAGAUGUGAAUGAAUGUGAAAUUGGAAUAAACAACUGCAAUAGUAACGCGUCUUGCAACAAUACAAAUGGCUCGUUUAACUGUGUUUGCAAUAUUGGCUUUAUUGGCGAUGGAAUAACAUGUGAAAAAAUAACAAUAUGUACAGAAAGGAUUGAUCUUGGAUUUAUAUUGGACAGUUCUGGCAGUAUUAGCCGUUACAGUUAUGAUAAAACGAAAUCUUUUGUGAAAGAUCUCACAAACUUUUUCACGAUUUCUCAAAACAGCACGAGAGUAUCAGUGAUGUCAUAUGCGUCAUGGACCACACUACAUUUUCCCUUUUCUCGAGUAUUUGGAACCCGACAAGAUCUUUAUUCAGCAAUAGAUAACAUUCCAUACAGUGGAGGGGGAACGAACACCCAUCUUGCGUUGUUAAGAGCGUAUACAGAUAUGUUUAAUGCCAAAAACGGUUCCCGACUCACAGGUGUAAAGAAAGUUUUGAUCGUUUUCACGGAUGGUCAGAGCAGUGGACAUGUAUACCAACCUUCCCAGCAACUCAAGAAUAUCGGUGUUGUGAUAUAUUCUAUCGGAAUAGGGUCUGGAAUCCGUAUGUCAGAGUUGAGAACGAUGGCUUCUCCUCCUGCAAAUAACCACGUGUUCCUUUUGUCCAAUUUUCACGAACUAUCAACUUUGGAAAAGAAUAUCUCACAUUCGGCUUGCAACGAUAUUUAUGAAUGUCACCACUGCGAUAUUCAUGCAUCGUGUCAUAAUACCAAAGGCUUGUUUCGCUGCUUUUGUAACAUUGGUUACACCGGAGAUGGAUUGACAUGUACUGAUGUGAAUGAAUGUGAAAAUGGAACUAACAACUGCAAUAGUAACGCGUCUUGUAGCAACACCAUUGGCUCAUUUAGAUGUGCUUGCAACGACGGUUAUGUUGGAGAUGGAAUAACAUGUAGAAACGCAACAAUCUGCACAAAAGAGAUCGAUCUUGGGUUCGUAAUGGACAGUUCUGGCAGCAUUGGACUUGCUAAUUUUAACAAAAGCAAAUCGUUUAUAAAAGAUUUUACGGAUUAUUUCAAAAUUUCUCAAAACGAAACAAGAGUGUCGGUGAUAACGUACGCGACAUGGCCAACAUUACAUUUUGGAUUUUCUCGAAAAUUCAGAACGCGACAAGAUCUUUAUUCCGCAAUAGAUAACAUUCAAUACAUGAAUGGAGGAAGCACUUACACUGGCAGGGCUUUAACAAAAGCAUAUACAGCUAUGUUUGAUUCCCAGAAUGGUGCUCGGAUGUCAGGUAUAAAGAGAAUUUUAAUAGUUUUCACUGAUGGAAAAAGCAGUGGAAAUGUUUAUUAUCCUUCUCAACAACUGAAAAACAUGGGUGUCGUAAUAUUCUCAAUUGGAGUUGGUUCAGGAAUCGAUGUUUCAGAGCUCAAAACAAUGGCUUCCUCUCCUGCAAAAGAUCACGUGUUCCUACUCAGUAAUUUCAAUGAAUUCGUACCUUUGGCUCAAAAUAUGUCAUUUUAUGCUUGCAAUGGUAGCACCACUAACAUAAUGCCAGUCUCCACAACGCCACGUCCCACAACACCAACUCCAGGUUCAUGUGGAAAUUCUUAUCUGUAUACUCCUGGCAGACUCACAAGUCCUUUUUAUCCAUCCUAUUACCCUGGAAACACGGAUUGCAGUUGGAUUAUUUCUACUACCAAUGGAAAAAAUAUUUCACUGAAAUUUUCAUUCUUCUCGCUGGAAGGCGGUUCAAGUUGUCCAUAUGAUUAUUUGGACGUUUAUGAUGGUAAUUCUGUGUAUGCGAAAAAACUGGGGAGGUUCUGUGGGCAGCAAUUGCCAAGAAAAAUGAUAUCAUCCAGUUCAAAGUUUUUCAUCGUUUUUCAUACGGAUGGUAGUAUUCAGAAACGAGGGUUUGUUCUCAACUACACAAGCACAAUUGAUACCAAUAAAUGUUCUGGAGCUCCGUGUGGUCCCUAUGCAAACUGCACCAAAAUUAAUGGUUCGUACGUUUGUGUAUGUAAACCUGGAUAUAAAGGAAACGGAACAAUAUGUACAGAUAUUAAUGAAUGUACCGAGGGCGCACCAUGUGGUUCAAAUUCACACUGCGUAAACACUUUUGGCUCAUAUUAUUGUAAUUGUCGAACUGGAUUUAGAGGAAAUGGAAUAAACUGUACAGAUAUCAAUGAAUGCCAAUCAAAUCCCUGCAAUGUUAAAGCAAAUUGUACCAAUAUCGCUGGUUCGUAUAAUUGUACUUGCCAUGUCGGUUUUGAAGGCGACGGAUGGUGGUGUACAGACAUCGAUGAAUGCCGACAAGAUUCUUGUAAUGUAAAUGCAAAAUGUUCCAAUACUUAUGGUUCGUAUGAAUGCAAGUGCUUCGGUGGUUUUUAUGGAAAUGGGAAAAAAUGCACAGAUAUCAAUGAAUGCAAAUCAAAUCCCUGUGAUGCAAAUGCAAAUUGUGCCAAUAUCCCGGGUUCGUAUAAAUGUUCCUGUGGAUUGGGUUAUGAAGGCAACGGCUUCCAAUGUACAGAUAUCGAUGAGUGCAAUGGCCCUAAUAACUGUUCCUUGAACGCUGUCUGUCAUAAUAAAGUCGGGACGUACAAGUGUGAUUGUAUUGAUGGAUAUCACGGUGAUGGAACUCGGUGUGACGAUAUUGAUGAAUGUAAACAGAUAUGCAAUGGUGCGGGUGAAUCGUGCACCAACUAUCCUGGGGCAUACCGCUGCGAAUGUAUCAGUCCAGGCCAACAAUUUAUUAAUGACAAAUGUACUGAUAUUCAGGCAUCUGUCCAAGGUGAAUUCCGGAUAAUAAAUCGCCAAUACAUCCCUGCCUUUGAUAAUAAAAACAGCGCAGAGUAUUUUGAAUUUACUGAAAUGUUAAUUAAUGAGCUUACAAGCCUUUACACGAAGACACCGAAGCUACACUCUACCUUCCGUUCAAUAAUCAUAUUACGACUAUUUCCUGGGUCGGUUGGCCUCGAUUACCUGGCUACAUUCAGCGAUAAAAAGGGCAUAGAUGUGGAAAAUAUUCAGGAUGAGUUGGCACACUCGCUACAAGUCACACAAAAUGGAACAUUCCUUGGCAACGGUCUCAAAAUAAGCGAGAGUACGAAUAUCACUGAAGUCGAAAAACUUUUGAGAGUUCAAGAUUACGACGAAUGCAAUCCUAAAAAUAGUAUCCAUGCCCCUCCUUGUGGCAACCAUGCAACUUGUAUCAACACUAAUACAAGUUUUGAUUGUGCUUGUCAUGUUGGAUUUGCCAAAAACGGAGCCGAAUGUGCUGAUAUCGACGAGUGUUCCGAGGAUAGUAAUUCCUGCUCGGCUAAUUCUGAAUGUAAAAAUACAAUCGGGUCUUUCACAUGCUCCUGUAUUUCUGGAUACGUUCGUAGUGGAAGUAUUUGUAAAGAAACAUGGAGGGAGCUGAGUAAGGAUGAAACUAAAUGGUAUAUCUUCGCAAUAAUAAGUGUGGCUGGAAUUGUCAUCGGGCUCUCAAUUGCAUAUGUUGCGAUAUGCCUUCGUCGUCGAUAUUUGAAAAGAGAAGCUCAAUUCAAUAGUACCGAUGUUCAACAUUCAUACCACAAUUCGUUUUACGAAUUAGAUGUUGGGAAACUCGGGGACGACAACUUUUAUGAGACAGUAGGGACUGCAGGACGCGAGAGUUCUCCAACUUAUGAUGAGUUGGGCAAAGUAAGAGAUCCCGAGAAUACUUAUGAAAGUCUAAAAUAGCUUAACGCCACGAGACGAAGAAAGCAGGCAUCUUGAAAGAAUGACACUGAAAUUUUCACUGAACUUUGACACAAUUUUCUAAAAAAUUAGAUUAGCAUAUAAGUCUUAUACCUAAAAAUAUAGUUAUAAGUAGAAGUUGUUAAGGGACAUUCGCAUAAUGAUUAAUUUACACUUACAGCAACGCAUUAAAAAUUAAGCACAAUUGAAUGUAUGCUGAUCGAGAAUCAUAAAAAAUGGAAACGUUUUUCAGUUUAUAGAUAGCAGUAAAUAUGCAAUAUUCUGCACGGCAAUAACAAAACCGUAAAGGUAAUAAUUAUAACAUUAUAAGCUUUAUGUCCGAUAAUACGCGGGUAUAAUUUAUUACGGCUAAGUAUAUUUCACUGUAAUUUAUAGAGUAGAAUAAAAUAAAUAAA